AUGGAACAAGUCAGGAGACGUGAAUUACAGACGGCAGAUAUUUUGAGACAAGCUUGCCGGUACCAAACUCCCCUUUGCCAGAAAAUCUACCUUUCCGUCCUUCCGAAGCAGAUCCUCCACCGAAUCAUCAAGCACCUCUACCAGGAAGAGACUGAAGUCCGUGGUGAUGUCACUGAUACCGAUUCCGCUUCAGAUGGUUCCGUCGCCGAGGCCAACAAGACCGCUUUCAUGGCAACCUGUGGGAAAUCCUACUACAUUGCAAGGCCGACACUCUAUCGAGAGGUGAGGUUUAUAUUCAGGACGCCCGAAGCCGUUCAUACCUUCAUGGUGGUGAAGACGCCGGCCGACAAAGAAAGAUUGGACUUCGUCAGGAGCGUUGAAAAUGGUCCGCUGGUUCUAUCGGCAUGUGAGGGAAAGUUGGAUUCUUUUGGGAAUCUGAAGGCCGGGGGCUUCUUCCUGGAUGACAACUUUGCGUCUGGCUACGAGGCGGAUGUCGAGGACAACGAGGACAGCCAUGAUGAAGAAUGA